UUUCCCCUCUGUAUCUGCAGGGAUGACCUGACAACAGCAACAUCUGGCAUCUUUGACCUGUUCCUGCAUCAUCCCAGUUCUGUUGGAUAGGACCACUUUCCCACAUUGUAACACCUGCUAAGGGCUGUCGUCCCCCUACCCCGAUCCUUCAAACACCCUUUGAUUGAACUGCACCACUUCCACAGAGACUCUUUGUCAGCCUCAUUCAGAUAAGAUACCAUGUACUGCCUACAGUGGCUCCUCCCCGUGCUGCUCAUCCCCAAGCCAUUGAACCCGGCGCUGUGGUUCAACCACUCCAUGUUCAUGGGCUUCUACCUGCUCAGCUUCCUGCUGGAGAGGAAGCCCUGCACCAUCUGUGCCUUGCUCUUCCUGGCUGCCCUUUUCCUCAUUUGCUAUAGUUGCUGGGGCAACUGCUUCCUCUACCACUGCCAGGACGCCACACUGCCGGAUGCUGCCCAUGACCCAGCCAUUGUCGGGACCUAGGGGGCGAAGAGUGGAGAGACAUCGAAGAGGGGGAUGGGUGGGUGUGACAGGUGAUGACAUAUCGCUGGAGAAUCACUGUAGAAUGAUACUGCCAUGCUGUAAGAGGGGAGGGAGUGCUGAAAGACGCUUUGAGGGAGAAUACAGAGAACACUUGGCCAGAGGCGGUCCUGAGAAGGGGAAGAGCCGGGGAGCUGGUUUGUCAUGCUGUAAACAAAGACGGGCUCAGAUUUCAGGUGGUGAGAGGAGAGGAGCAAAAUGCUGAGGAGACUGUGUGAAUUUGAGGAAAGAAGACUUCCAGCUUCCAUUCCAGAACUUGAAUGAAAACUAGACAAUAUAAAUCACUAGAGGUAACAUCAAUCUAAUGUGGCCGCUGGCUUUCAGUAUUCUGGCUCAUUUCUGACUGACUUGUUUACUUCAGUCAGAGAGAUUUGUCUUUGUAAAAUGAAAAUAUUCUCUGUCUCAAACUGCCAAAAUUCACCUAACCCACUGAAAUCUGUAGACAGUUCCACCGGCAGCCGAGCUUGCUCGUCACUCGACUUUGUACGCCAGCUAUACGUUUGCUACUUGAGCAAUCAGUCUGAACAAACUGUCACCACAUUGGCUUCGUACACAUCACGCCGUGCUCAGACAAUGAAACGCACAGACAUGGGACAAUCAAUAGAUAUGCUGUGAAUAAUUCCCCCUUUGCUGCAUGGCCACACAAACACACCUCCGAAGGUGGUGCGUUGUUACCCACUGUGCUCUGCAGCUGCUCCUCGUCUUCCUCGUCUCUUCCUCUUCUCGCCUCAGACUGAAUGUCCCCGACCCUCAGACUCACAAUCUUAGUUUCCUCUUUAGCUUUUUUUUGUGCAUGGGUUGCUG